AUGUCGAGUUCAAUGUCGCCGAUCGCAGUGAUCGUGAUGUGUGCGUUGGUGGUAUCAUCCGAUACGGAAUCCACUUCCCCAGCAUCGACAUCCCAGUCAGCGUCUCCCCUCACGAUCAACAAAUGCGACCAACGGGGCGAUCGAACAGUCUCCCACACCGACUGGUCCAGCGAUGCGUCGAAGAACCUGCCCGACUGCCGUUGUCCACCCGGCUACACGGCGAUCCUGCAGUACGGUGAGCCCUCACAGAAGGUGCUCUGCGCCAGCUUACGUUCGGCGGCCCCGUGGAGCGAAGGUUGUGUAUCGUCUGGCUCCAGCACCGACUACUACGAUCUGGGCGCGAUAGAGCUGCGCCUAGUUCGACUGUUGCUGCGGGCUGCCAACGUGUCGGAGGUGUGGAUCUCUGCCCGUCGGCUAACACCGUUUGGGGCCCUGGUGCGACGCCUGCCCGGUGGUGACCGCUGGAACGCCCCGGUGGAGCUAACGGACCAGCCGGACCAGCCGGACCAGCCACCCGGAAGCGAUGACCACCCGGAUCCUGGCCAGCUAAGGAUCGUCCCAACGGCGGCCGAUUUCAACUGCGGCGCGAUCGGUGGACCGAACUACGAACAAAUCUUUCUAGCCAACUGCUCGCGAGCACUGCCUCAGUUGUGUUUGUUUCGCGAGACCACCCUACUGCAGUUGCACUGUCGCCAACGGGAGUUCACUACGAGAUACGGUGAAGGUCAAGGCAUGUGCUACACCGUGCUGGCUAGCGACGACCGUGCGCUAAGCGCACUGAGCGGCGUGGCUGAGUCUGAAUAUCGGAUCCUUGACGUCGACAGUGGCCGCAAGAAGCAACUCUUGGACGACUUGCUGAACGCUACAGCCGCGCACCGGAAGCACUGUGCGCAGACAUAUUUCACCGAUCAGCGCGACAACUCGCUGCGCUCCCUUGCCCUUAGCAUUCGCGAUGCGGUCCAGCGUGCGGUGAGCGGUCCACCUUCCAACGAUAGCUAUAUGCGGGAGCAGAAUCUAAGACAAAUGGCGCUGGACCUGUGGAGACGUUAUGACUGCGCGGCGGUGCAGCGAAAUACGUCAGUGGAUCACGGUGCCGAUGGUCCGGUUCGAGCAAUGUAUCUGUACUUCGACCGGGCACGCUAUCGGCUUUACCUUACCGUUUACGGCCGGCAGUGGUUUUGGCGUGAGAAGCCCUCAGCGAACGGGUUCCAGUGCUACACGAAUGCCGACGCCGAGCAGAUGCGGCGUGUUCAGGUUCGCCCGAUACGCACCUCUAGAAAGCGCUCACGCAGGGCUCAUCCUCGGUCGUCGGAGAGUAACGCACCGGAGACCGACGACCACGACACCGGGCAACGAAGCAUGUACGAGCUAACGCUCGUCGAUGGCAUACCGAGCUACUACUGGUGUGAGGCACACGUGGUACCGAACCUGACGCAUCUCGUAUCACCGACCGUGCUGGCUAACCGUAAGUCGAACGGGAAAACCUUCUUCUCGGUCACCGUCGAUGUGUCGGUGUUGGACCGGUCGGUCGAAACGAUGCGAUUGAAAGACUAUACACGCUUGGUGAAGGACCAACUGAAACGCGCCCGUGCCCGAGUGUUGCCGGAAACGAAGCGUGUGCUGGACACUAUCAAGACGGUGCAGGUGAUGAAAAGUGACCACCUGGGUGAUGCGUUCCAGCCGGACAACCGGACCGCGGCACGGCUGAUCGUGCACCUUGUGAUGCGGCAGGUCAACUUCAAAAGUGAUUUCCCCGAGUUUGCAGAAAUCAAUGAAAUCGAGUUGCCAGACGCGUACGUGCGGUACUAUCGCACCCGGAGGUACCUGCAGGACGCCCUCCGGCUGGCCGCUACCGACGAGUUCCGGUUCGUGGGGGUGAACAGCACGGAGUACUGUUUGCCCGACAGCCUCCAGCUGCCAUCGGCCGACAGCGACGGAAACGUGUGGUGGGUGGCCCGGCUGGGUGAAACGGCCACCCCACGGAAUCUGUGUUUGCCCGAGGGCAGUGACCUGCCACUGACCCGGCGCUGUCUCGGUGACUACCUCCACGGGUGCGCCUGGGACCGUGACGCGUUCAGCGGCGGCCACUGUUCCUCUGCGCCGGGUCCGGAAACACGAGCCCUGUACGAGUACAGUACCGCGCCGCUAAACGGCAGCCUUCUGCCGGACAUAUUUAGCACCGUCGGGCACGUACUGUCCGCGCCCGACAGUGUCCUCCCGGUGGACCUGUUCUACAUUGCGCAGGUGCUGGACAAUUUGCGCAACGUGCUGCUGCUUCCGGCUUCGGCCGAACAAAAUGGCGUGCUGCUGGCGGCGUUGAACAAAGUCCAGCACUACUGCGACGUGGCCGACAUCAUGAGCCGCGUGAUGUACGUCAACGAGACGAUCGUUACGCGGGCGCAGCGGGUACUGAAUACGACCAACAUUUUGCUGUACGUUACUGAGGCGAUCGUGAACCAGCUGGUGCUGGCGGAGAAUGCCUCGAUGUUGCUGCAGGGCGCCCAGUACGAGUGCGGCCGGCGGACGUUGGAGGCAGACAGCAACGGGCCAGCCGGCCAGCCGGUGACGAACGGUACGGUACUGUUUCGCAGCCCCAGAUUGAUAGUGUUGAUAGCGGACCCGGCUGUCGGCAACGUAUCCGGUGUCGCUCUGUUCCGACAGAUUGAUGGCGGCGACGACCACGGGGAGGACUUCAACAGUUACACGAUCAGGUACCUGUACGCGAACCAAUCGCUGGAGUCUCUGGUCGCCGAGCCGGACCUCGAGAUUGGUGCGUUCAUCCCGCAGUCGGUGAUAGAGAACCUGGGCGCACUGCACGAUGCUAUGACGCUGGAGGAGCAGCCGGAGUCAGAGACGGAGCCUCUUGAGACGCCUCCGCUUCCUCCGCCACCGUUGCGUGUGGUUCUUACGAUCUACUACAACGAUCACGCGUUCCGCGAGACCCGGGCGGGCCCGGUGACGCGCUCGAGCGCCAAGAUCAUCAGCAUCAGCAUCCCCGGCUACGGAUCGCGCAUGCCGGGCGAGGUGCCGUUCUACGCGCGAGAAACGCGGACCCACAAUCGGAGCGCCGCCAGCGCGAGCCACUGCGGUUACUGGUCGUUCGAGACGGACCCGGCCGGGACGGACGGGUUCGGGCGGUGGGCGUUCGACGAGUGUCGGUUGAUCGACGGGUCCGGGCCGGUGGCACUGUGCGGUUGCUACCACCUGACGUCCUUCUCGCGCCUCACGAUGGACACGCAGCUGGUGGAGUCGGUGGGCGUUUCCCAGAAGUUCAUCGCCGACCAGGGUACGCUGGCGCUCGAUUUGAUCACGGCGAUCGGCUGCUCACUGUCGCUGCUCGGGGUGGUCGGCAUCCUGGCCACGGGCAUCCUUUUCCCCGCCUGGCGGGCGAAGGCGAGCAGCAAGAUUCUGCUGCAGCUCUCGGGUGCGAUUGCGAUCGAAAUGAUCAUCAUCUUCCUGGAGGGUCCGGACAUCGAUCAGCACCGGGUGAGCCGCAUCAAGUGUGCCCUGCUCGGGAGCGUCUUCCACUACAUCAUACUGGUGACGUUCAUGUGGAUGCUGCUCACGGCGUACCUACAGUUCAUGCGCUACGUCAAGGUGCUCGGCCGGCUGCGGCCAUCGCACGUCAUUCUCAAGGCCACCGUGCUUUGCUGGGGAGCUCCACUCGUACCGGUCGCCACCUAUCUCGCGAGCGACUACACCCUGUACCUGAAGCGCGACAACCUGACCGACAUUUGCUACCCACACGGGGAUGCCCUCUGGUUCGGCCUAAUGCUACCGAUCGCGGCAAUAGUGUUCUUCAACCUGGUCAGCUUCGUGGUCGUGCUCUACCACAUCUGCGCGAUCCCCGCUAACCUCAGCAAGCAAACCGAUCGUGACCUUACCCUGGCCCAGCUGCGGCUGUCGGUGUUUCUCUUUUUUCUCCUCGGGCUACCGUGGAUCUUCGGGAUGCUCACUACCGGGACCGAGGACAAACUGUUUGCCUAUCUGUUCUGUCUGACCGCGCCCGUCCAAGGGUUCGUGCUGUUCCUGUACUUCAUCGUCAUCGAUCCGGUGGCCCGCCGACUGUGGCUGGGCCGGCUGCGCCGCUGCCGGUGCAUUGCCGGGGAUCGAUCGGCCACCGGCCAGCUGGACGAGAAGGAAACUACCACCCUACCGAGCACCACGCUGAACACGCAACUGUGA